UCUAGUGUAUAAUGCAUUUGGGUGGCGUUCUCACUGUGUCUCUGCUUGUCGAUCUCACUCCUCUUCGUAGCAGUAACGGUCACUUUUCCUCUCUCCAUCCAUCUUCCCUCAAUAAACUAACCAAACUCUACCAAACGGCUACAUCAUUGCCCUUCUCGUCUCUUCCUCUCUUUCUCCCUCUUAAAAGCCGCAAGCAAGUGAAGCAACCAAAGCAAACCACUCUCACUCCUCACUCGUCUCUCUCCCUCUCCCUCUCCCUCUCCCCCAAAAUGUACACAAGCUUCCUUCUUCUUCUCUCUUUCCUCCUCUCACUCGCCGCCCUCUCCAACGCCCAAAACAGCGUCGUCACGAUGGAGCUGUGGUGCGUGGCCAAGAACAACGCCGACGACUCUGCCCUCCAGUCCGCUCUCGACUGGGCCUGCGGGGCCGGCGGCGCCAACUGCAGCCCUAUGCAGCAAGGUGGGCCCUGCUACGACCCAUCUGACAUCCAGAACACCGCGUCGUACGCCUUCAACGACUACUUUCUCAAACACGGCAUGACCGAUGACAGCUGCAACUUCGAUAACACUGCCGCAGUCACCUCUUUGAAUCCCAGUUUUGGUAAUUGCAAGUUCCCAUCCAGCUUGUCAGGGAGCAAUAGAAGUUCGAGUUCAUCGACAGCAUCAUAUGGGUUGGGGCCUAGUCAAGAUCUGAAUGGCAGCAAUAAAAUUUCGCAGCAACUGGUUUUGAUACCCUUGAUUACCAGUCUUUUGCUCAUUGCCUCCUAUAAUACAUGGGUCAUCUGUUUAUCUUGACUAGAGCUUUUGCUGAAGGAAACAGAGACCCUUGUGAUUUUUUGGGUUUACAUUAGCAUAUCUAGGUUCUAGAGUUAGGAUCUCAAUUGAUCAAUCCAAUGCAUGUACUAGAAUCGUGCAAUAGAUCGAUUACUUCGCUUCUGUUGAUCUGUUUGAGCUUUGUAAUUUUGAUGGCCGGUGACAAAUCAAGCAGAGAACAUUUGUGUUGCGAUAAUCAGCAAUUGGAGUGAAGAAGCCCAUUUUGUCUGAAUUAUCUUCCUGCAAUAUGGUUUUGCUGCCUCAGUUUCAGUUUCAUAUAAAAUUCUGUUACAACAGCUUAUAUAAGGAAAAAGGAGUGUUCUUUGAAAUUUAA